AUGUCCGACAUCAGGUACGUGCACCAUACGGCUGACGAGAGCGCGCGCAAGGUCCAGAUCCGCACCCCCUUCUAUGAUGUAUCCUUCCGAACAUACCUUGAAUUCUCAGAUCACUUCCGCUUCGCCAUUCAUGCCCCGCCCGGUUCUUUGUCAGCAAGCACAGACGACAUGAUGAUCAUCAUGUUCCACCGCUGCUUGCUGGAACGAGAGAGCAUAGUGGUCUGCCGGCCGGGAGACGCGGCCUGGACGAAGCUGCCAAAACGCCCGUCUUCUCGCUUCGACUAUUUCAUCGAUGUAACCUCUUUUCAGGGCAAGAUUUAUGGCUUGGAAUCUAAUGGUGCCACAUUGGUGUUUGACGCAACCACACUCGAGUUCCUCUGCUCGAUUGAUGCGCCACAGUCGACGUCCAAGCUUUACUCCAUGAUAUAUUGGCCUUACAAACAUGAUGAUCCUGUCGAUUUCGACUACUUCCAUCUCGUUGCAUUGCCAAGCAAACUACUUUUGGUCGUUCUAAGCGUGAAAUCACUUGAGCCAGCAGGUUUUGCCUUCUUUGAGUUAACGUCUGGAUCUAGGGAUGGCCAGCUCUCCUGGCGUAAGGUAACAGGAGAUGGAAUCGGUGGCAACUACGAUGUGUUCAUGGAUUGCCACCAUGCGACCUUUAGCGACAAUAAUGGUGUUGGAACCGGAGCUCGGAUAUAUUAUGUUCUUCACCGGACGUGGCAUCCCAAAGCAUCGGCGUACUACUAUGAGAUGCAUGACGGCAAGAUGGAGUGCCUGUACAUAUCACUAGACGAUAAUCGUGAAUACUCAACUAAGCCUAGUUGGUUUGUUCCCUAG